AAGAUGCUUUGGAAUAUCCUCUGAGCUCUAACAGAGAGCGAUGACAUUUUUUUUUUUCCCCUUGUUUUUCCAAAUAAGACAAAAGACUAUUUCUUUGAUGUCUGGAAUCCGAUCCAAAUAACUACGCUUGUCUUGGCGUGCAUUAAUUUCCCUCCUUUAUAUUUCCCCCACAAACUUUCUUCUCCUUACGAAAACUGCUUCUAACCGAACUUCGUUUUCGUUUCAGAAACUAAUACAAACCCCAAAUUUCGUAAUGUCGUCUCAGAUUUCUGAGUCUGAUCAGGAACAGCUCAUCCAGAAGCUCGAUAUUUUCAAGAUCCACGGCAAAGAUAAACGAGGCCGCAAGAUUCUUCGCGUUACGGGGAAAUUUUUCCCUGCUCGGUUCUUGAGCGUUGAGGUUUUGAAGAAGUAUUUGGAGGAGAAUAUAUUUCCGAGGUUGGGAAAGAAGCCGUUUUCGGUGCUGUACGUGCACACCGGGGUUCAACGGAGCGAGAACUUUCCUGGAAUCUCAGCCCUUCGAUCAAUCUACGACGCGAUCCCCGUCAACGUCAAGGAUAAUCUCCAAGCCGUUUACUUUCUGCACCCUGGCCUCCAGGCUCGGCUCUUCCUCGCCACCUUCGGCCGCCUUCUCUUCAGCGGCGGGUUGUACGGGAAACUGAGGUACGUGAACAGGCUCGAUUAUCUAUGGGAGCACGUGAGGAGGAACGAGAUUGAGAUUCCCGAUUUCGUGUACGAUCACGACGAAGAUUUGGAGUACCGUCCGAUGAUGGACUAUGGGUUGGAGAGUGAUCAUCCUCGGGUCUACGGUGCACCCGCGGUUGAUUCACCCGUCUCCAUGUACUCCAUGAGGUGCAUCUCGUAGAUGCUACAAAUAAUUCUUCCUUACCCUUUUUGUUUUUGGAGUGUGAUCCUUAGCUUCCAGUUUGUGAAUAUUUGUAAAAAAAGAAGAAAAAAAAAGGAUGAAUCUUUUGAUAAUGUGAAGGCCAUCUUUCAGUGUAAUGGGGAAGAAUUAACGAUCGGAGAAUGUUUCUAGUACUACCCCAAUGAUUGAUUUUUUCUGAACAAUCAAAAGACGACAAAACGAAAUUGAUUUGCAGGAUGGAAAUCCAAGGGUAGCU